AUGCUAACCACAUGCGCGGCUAGCCCGACGCCGUACCAACUGCUGGCGCCGCUGCUGGACACGCCGUGGACGGAGCAGAUAGGCACGGCACCGUGGCUGCAGCACCCGCGGCCGCAGCUGCGGCGCGGCGACGACGCGUGGCAGUCGCUGAACGGCAUCUGGACAUUCCAGCCGGGGCUCGACGCCGACACCGUCACCGGCCCGCCUGCGGCCCCGCUCGCCCAGGAGGUCCUGGUCCCGUCGUGUAUCGAGAGCGGCGUCUCGGGCGUCAUGGCUUCGGGUGUUACGCACAUGUGGUUCGCUACUGCUUUUGCUGUGCCCACUGCGUGGGAUGCCCUCCCUGGCGGUGGUGGUGAUGGUGAUGGCGGCAGACGCGUGCUGCUCCACUUUGACGCCGUCGACUAUGAGGCCACGGUGUGGGUCAAUGGUGACGAGGUGGGGUUCCACCGCGGCGGCUACGACCGCUUCACGCUGGACGUCACGGACAAUGUCGUUGCCGGCGGGGGCGAGAACGAGCUGCUGGUCUUUGUUUUCGACCCGACCGACGAGGCGCCCUACAACAUCCCCAACGGCAAGCAGACUAGGCAGCCGUCGCACAUCUGGUACACGCCGUGCAGCGGCAUCUGGCAGACGGUGUGGCUCGAGAGCGUGCCGAGCAGCUACAUCGCCGGGCUGGACAUUACCGCAGGCAUGGAUGGAGACGUGACCAUCGCCAUCCAUAGCGCGACCGGCACGCCGUCGACGCCCGUCGAGGUGGCGCUGCACGACGGGGGCGGCGUCGUGGUGGCCUCGCACCAGGGGGUGUCGGACGAGGUGCUCGCCUUCUCGGUGCCGGCGCCGGCGCUGUGGACGCCCGACUCGCCCUCCCUGUACAACAUCAUGGUGACCAUGGGCGACGACGUCGUGCGCAGCUACACAGGGUUCCGCACCGUGUCGGCGGCGUCGGUCAACGGCGUGCAGCGGCCGCUACUGAAUGGCGAGUUCGUGUUUCAGUUUGGCACGCUGGACCAGGGGUUCUGGCCCGACGGCAUCUACGUCCCGCCCACGCUCAACGCCAUGGUGUUUGACCUGCAGCUGCUCAAGAGCCUCGGCAUGAACAUGGUCCGCAAGCACAUCAAAGUGGAGCCGGACCUGUUCUACGAGGCGUGCGACCGGCUCGGGCUGCUCGUGGUGCAGGACAUGCCGUCGAUGCACACGAGCAGCGGGGCGGUGCCCGACGGCGCGCAGCAGGCCGAAUUCGAGCGCCAGCUGGAGCGGCUCGUCGCCCAGCACAAGAGCUUCCCCAGCAUCGUGACGUGGGUCAUCUACAACGAGGGCUGGGGCCAGAUCCGCGACGCCUACCACCCCGAGGUCGGCAUCACGGCGCGCGUGCGCGAGAUGGACCCCACGCGCCUCGUCGACGCCACCACUGGCUGGUUUGACCACGGCGCGGGCGACUUCUCGGACAACCACCACUACGCGGAGCCGCAGUGCGGCACGCCCUUCUACUCGCUGCCGUCGUCGCCGUACGAUAGCGCGCGCAUCGGCUUCCAGGGCGAGUUUGGCGGGCUCGGGCACCGCCCGGCGCCACAACACCUGUGGCCGGUCCAGGCCGCCAUCGACACGAUCCCGCAGACGUACGAGGUGCAUGCCGACCUCGAGUCGUUCAACUACCGGUCGCACAUGCUGUUCAGCCAGCUGCGCGACCAGGUGGCCCUGUUUGCGUGCUCGGGCGCCGUGUGGACGCAGACGACGGAUGUCGAGGGCGAGGUCAACGGGCUUGUCACGUACGACCGCAGAUUUCUGAGGGUGAAUGCGACGCAGUGGCGAGCAGACAUACAGGCGCUGUACGCUGCGGCGGCAGAGAGGACGCGCUAA